GGCCGCGAGCCCCGAUGAGGCCCGAGCGCUCCCGGCCGCGCCGCAGCGCCUCCGGCCCGAUGGAGGCCCCGCCGUGGGACCCCCUCCGCAACGACUCGCUGCCGCCCACGCUGACCCCGGCCGUGCCCCCCUACGUGAAGCUCGGCCUCACCAUCGUCUACACUGUGUUCUACUCGCUGCUCUUCGUGUUCAUCUACGUGCAGCUCUGGCUGGUGCUGCGCUACCGCCACAAGCGGCUCAGCUACCAGAGCGUCUUCCUUUUCCUCUGCCUCUUCUGGGCCUCUCUGCGGACGGUCCUCUUCUCCUUCUACUUCAAAGACUUCGUGGCGGCCAACGCGCUCAGCCCCUUCGUCUUCUGGCUGCUCUAUUGCUUCCCCGUGUGCCUCCAAUUCUUCACCCUCACGCUGAUGAACUUGUAUUUCACGCAGGUGAUUUUCAAAGCCAAGUCAAAAUAUUCUCCAGAAUUACUCAAAUACCGGUUACCCCUCUACCUGGCCUCACUCUUCAUCAGCCUUGUUUUCCUGUUGGUGAAUUUAACCUGCGCCGUGUUGGUGAAGACAGGACAUUGGGAGAGGAAGGUGAUCGUCUCCGUGCGUGUAGCCAUUAAUGACACACUCUUCGUGCUGUGUGCCAUCUCUCUCUCCAUCUGUCUCUACAAAAUUUCUAAGAUGUCCUUAGCCAACAUUUACUUGGAGUCUAAGGGCUCCUCCGUGUGUCAAGUGACUGCCAUCGGUGUGACCGUCAUCCUGCUUUACGCCUCCCGAGCCUGCUACAACCUGUUCAUCUUAUCCUUUUCUCAGAGCAGCAAUGUCCACUCCUUUGAUUACGACUGGUAUAAUGUGUCAGACCAGGCAGAUCUGAAGAAUCAGCUGGGAGAUGCCGGAUAUGUAGUAUUUGGAGUGGUCCUUUUUGUGUGGGAACUCUUACCUACCACCUUAGUAGUUUACUUCUUCCGAGUUAGAAAUACUACAAAGGACCUUACCAACCCUGGAAUGGUCCCCAGCCAUGGAUUCAGUCCCAGAUCUUAUUUCUUUGACAACCCUCGAAGAUAUGACAGUGAUGAUGACCUCGCCUGGAACAUUGCCCCUCAGGGACUUCAGGGAAGUUUUGCUCCAGACUACUAUGAUUGGGGACAACAAACUAACAGCUUCCUGGCACAAGUAGGAACUUUACAACCAGACUCAAUUUCGGAUCCUGACAAACCAAGCCAUGGUCCCUCAGAUUCUGAGCUCCACGCUGGUAGACUCUAAAUACAAUUGACAUCUCGAAACUGCAAUUGCAACUCCAGUGUUGAGUUAUAAUGGAGCAGAAUCUCAACAGACUAAGGUAAUUGGCUCCUUAGAGUUUGUUUAAGGCCUAGAUGGUUGGUCUCUCAAAGAAUCUCCUAAAUUUUGCCAACAGUUCAACACACGUCAGUGAAAAGUUGAUAAUGUUAAAAACGUUGAUAGAGUUGACUUACAUUAUAAAACCUCCUCUGCUAUAUUUAGAGAUUUUUGCAUAGUUUUCCAGCCCAAUGAAAUCUAAUAUCCAUUACCUCAGGACUUCAGCAAGACUGCACCUUUCCCAACUCACUGCAUAUUCAUUACAUUUAAGGAACAAACAAGAGGUUCUCAAAAGGGGAUUAAUAAUAAAUACCCCUGGCCCUUGAGCCAAAAGAC